AUUAGUGGUGUCUGGAAAUGGCGCAGUGGUUUGGAAUAACUGGGUACCCCCGCUGCUUUGUUGUAGUCACAUCGUUCGUCUCCCCGCGGGCGUUGGGCCGAGAGCUUCACCGACACGUUGUGUGGACCGACAUCAUCCGUGACGAGUUCACAACAAGCCCACUUUGCGAAAAUCGGCUUGUCAAAACGUCCGCGACCGCUUUCCCGCACCGGAAUGACUUGCGCAAAGCGCGGGAGAGCAACGAUUGAUCGAUCGACCCCUCAUCCGUUUUACGCAGGUCACCCAUGCUACAAGUAUACGUGCAGCGCUACGUGUGCUCGCUUUGCGCAACUUGUUCGCGCACAUGCAGGGUCGAGAAGAGCAGUUGUACUAAUUCUGAACAGACGGCGCGCACUACGGCGCAUACAUGUGGGUGUGGAAGUAGACAUGUGUUCCGGAUGUGGUGGAUCGCAAAGUGCGACUUCGUGAUCAUCCGAGACAAGGUUUCCUGCAGGAGAGUUGACCUCGAACUUUGAAGCUAGUUGCGCCAGCUUCACACUCUGCCAAAAAGCAAAGAAUAUCUAGGCGACG